AUGAAGGUCCUCAGCCAGGAAGAAGAGAGGGCGCACUACAACGUCGUCCUCAAGGGCGGCGCCAUAGGCGGCACCCUCGGCCUCGUCGGCGGCCUCGCGGGCACCAUGUUCGCCUCGCGACGCUACCCAGCCUUCCGCGCCCUGACGCUCCCCUUCCGCACCUUCCUCGUCACGUCGACGGCGACCUUUGGCGCCAUCGUCAACGCCGACCGCGAGUCGAUCAAGUUCGCCCACUCCAAGGACCCCAUGUACGGCUACCAGGACGCCUCGCAGCGCGCGCGCGAGCUCGCGCACCAGAACGAGAGCGCCCAGGACGCCUUUAUGCGCUGGGGCCGCACGAACCGCUACGGCAUCGUCUUCGGCUCGUGGAUCGCCUCCAUGGCCGCCGCCAUGGCCAUCGUCAACCGCCAAAAGUACCUCACCGGCGCCCAGCGCCUCGUCCAGGCCCGUGUCUACGCCCAGGCCCUCACCGUCGCCGUCCUCGUCGUCACGGCCGUCUUUGAGAUGAACGACGCCAAGAAGGGCGAGGGCCGCUGGGAGACGGUCAUGGUCCUCGACCCCAACGACCCCGAGCACAAGCACCUCAUUGAGAAGAAGGUCCACAAGGAGGAGUACGAGGGCCAGGACCUGUGGAAGGACAUGGUCGCUGCCGAGGAGAAGAGGAUCAAGGACCGCGAGAGCACAAAGGUCCCGCAGAAGCAGUAA